CCCGUCGCCCGCUCGGCUGCGGCGGCCGCAGCGCCUGAGGGAGUGAGUCACUGGCUGAGGGACUGCGCACCGGCGACUGGACCCCAGGGCACAGUGCAUAGGAAACCACACUCAGCAACAUGUCAGCUGAACUGGAGACAUCAGAGGGCCUGGAAGAGUCAGAGAAAACAAGCCCCAGGGCUUUGGAUGGGGAGAGCCAGGCCAGAAUAUCUGACCUCUCAGAGCUCCUGAAGGAGGGGACCAAGGAAGCGCAUGACCGGGCAGAAAACACCCAGUUUGUCAAAGACUUCCUGAAAGGCAACAUCAAGAAGGAGCUCUUUAAGCUGGCCACCACUGCACUUUACUUUACCUACUCGGCCCUGGAGGAGGAAAUGGACCGUAACAAAGACCACCCGGCCUUCUCACCCCUGUACUUCCCCGUGGAGCUGCACCGGAAGGCAGCACUCAUCAAGGACAUGGUCUACUUCUUCGGCGAGAACUGGGAAGAGCAGGUGCAGUGCUCCAAGGCUGCCCAGAAGUACGUGGAUCGGAUCCACCAUGUGGGGCAGCACGAGCCUGAGCUGCUGGUGGCCCAUGCCUACACCCGCUACAUGGGGGACCUCUCAGGGGGCCAAGUGCUGAAGAAGGUGGCCCAGCGGGCUUUGAAACUCCCCAUCACAGGGGAGGGGGCCCAGUUCUACAUGUUUGAGAAUGUGGACAAUGCCCAGCAGUUCAAGCAGCUCUACCGGGCCCGGAUGAAUGCCCUGGACCUGGACCUGAAGACCAAAGAGCGGGUCGUGCAGGAGGGUGCCCUGGAAGGCAGCAGCUGCCCCUUCCGAACAGCCAUGGCUGUGUUGACUCCCAGCCUCCAGCUCAUCCUUGCUAGCUGUGUGGCCCUGGCUGCUGGACUCGUAGCCUGGUACUACCUGUGAAGGGCCCACUUUCCAGUGACCACCAACCCCACCCCUUACCCGAUUGAACUACCACCUCAGGUGACACUUUUUUAAUACCUGGUUUGAGAAAACCAACAAUAAAGCCAGACGCUUAAGCCUGUGCCUGCAGCGUCCUCUCUGCCGUCUAGUGUGGAGUUGGCUCGGUCCCUCUCCCUGGGCUCCCAGGAUGGGCCGUGGGCCCCCAUACCUCCAACCCUGGGUCUGACCCUCUGGGGACUUGUGGGGACUCAGCAUGUAGGAGACAUCUGUCCUCUUGUAGGAAUGCUGGGGGCCCACAGGGCACUGUUGUAGGGCCCCUUGUAGGCCCAGGACCCCCUUUCCUGGAUAGCAGCCCUCCGGUAGCCCACCCCAGGAGGUCUGGGCCUGUGUAAAUAAAUGCUUCAGUACUCAAUAAAGUGGAUCCCCCACUGUC